AUGCAUCGCCGGAUCGGUGUUAAUACGGAGCCAUCACUACUUAUUAACUUCAUCUUCACUAUCAUGUUGUCGAUCUGCUCUCGGUGCGUGAGCUACGCAAGCAGAACUAUCGAUAAUGCUGCGAGUCGAUGCAUUUUCUUCGCCGAUAAAUCUAUCAAAUGCGAGCGUUGCCGUGCUAUUAAGUCAACUUGCAUCCUCGUAAGUUAUCCUACCUUCCGUCUUACACUCGUUAUAGUCUUGAUGGAUGCGAUGACGGCUAUGGACAAUAGAACUGGGACGGCCGACGACGUUUUUCGUGAGGGCACGGUUGCAAAUAACCUCUUUAUAAAGACCCGCCGUGCUUUUGCCUCCCGUGUUAGCGAUGCUUCUUCCUUUCUUCGGGCCCGUGUCGCCGCUGCUUUUUCUGCCGCCGCUAAUGCUAGAGGUCCCUUGGUUAGCUUAAGUCCCGUCCCGGCGUUACGCUUAUUUGCCGCCGUUGCUACCGCCGAUCUAGCUUCGCUAGACCUGCUGCGUUAA